GCUGUGCCGCCUAAAAGACGGCCACAAUUCGGACACAAUGUGGUGGAAUUAAUUCACUAAUCUUCUCUUUGUCCGUUUUCCUCGCUAGCUGCUACUUCUCACAACGGUUUGAAGCACACAGCGUUUGAUAGAUCUCUGCACUUAUAGAUGCAACAGAGCUCUCAUGUCCCAGAUGCCUUGUCUUCUGUCUUGGGCCCCUCAGACAACCCAGUGCAUGCUGGGAAUUGGAGUUUUAAGUUUCAGGUAUUAGCCUGCUGAACUUUAAAGUAAAGGAUUCUGGUAUGUCAUCCAUCCUGCAUGCAAGAAGAAGAAAACCUCAUUGCCUCAUUCUGAACAUGUAGAAGAAAUGAUAGCAGAUCCAACAUUAGCUUCCAGAGAGUUAGUCCAAAAAGAAAAUUCCAUUGUUAAUGCCACCCCUGGCUCCACAGUUCAGGUACCAUGUAGGCUGGGAAGUAUAACUAGACAGAAUUCUGCCAGGAUCAGGCGGCGAUCAGAAGAUGAGUUAGAGAAUACUAAAAGGAGACAUUCCGCACCAGGGUGCUUGGGACAGAAACGCUUGCGCAGAGACAAUCUGAAGGAUGGAGGCAUUGAAGCGGUUACUCUGUUUGAGGUGGUUAGCAUGGGAGUGAAAGCUAUGCAGGAUGUUAUUGAUGAGUGGAUUGAAGCUUAUAAAAAGGACAGAGAUGCAGCUCUACUAGAUCUCAUCAGUUUCUUCAUGCAGUGCUCUGGAUGCAAAGGAAUAGUGACAGCAGAAAUGUUUCAAAGGAAGCAUAACACGGAGGACUUGAACAAAAUGAUUGAGGAAUUUGACGAGAACACCGGUUUGCAGUAUAAGAAGUUCAUGGCCUUCCCUUGGAUCCUCACGGUUACCUGGCCUCUGGAUAUGGCCAGCAGUGAUUACCCACUUUCUAUGCCGGGACCAUAUUGGAAGAAAUUUAAGUGCAACUUCUGUGAGUUUAUUGUGGUGCUCGUUCGUCAAUGCCAGUACAGCAUAAUCUAUGAUAGCUACCUCAUGGACACAGUAAUCUCCCUGUUGACGGAACUGUCUGACUCCCAGGUCAGGGCAUUCAGACAUACUUGCACUAUGGCAGCCCUUAAGCUGUUGACCGCCUUAGUAAGUGUGACACAGAACUUGAGUGUGAGUGCGGACAACACAGAAAGGCUAUUCAAGGUGGAGAAGAACAAAGUGUCAUCUGAAAGAAAACGCCUCAGACUGGAGCAGCUGGAAGAGAAGACAAAAGAGCUACUAAACAAGCAGCAUGAAGUAGAAAAUAUGAUGAAUGCUAUCUUCAGGGGAGUGUUUCUCAAGAGAUACCGGGAUAUCAUUCCUGAGAUCAGAGCGUGCUGUAUGGAAGAAAUUGGAGUCUGGAUGAAGCUGCAUAGCAAUAUGUUUUUAAAUGACAGCUACUUAAAAUAUGUUGGGUGGAUGUUACAUGAUAAGCAACCAGAGGUUCGCUUGAAAUGUAUUCAAGGGUUGCAUGGAGUUUAUAGUGAUAAGCAUCUUAUUUCUAAAUUGGACCUAUUUACAAGCCGUUUCAAGGAACGCAUUAUCUCUAUGGCCUCUGACAAAGACCCUGAAGUUGCAGUACAUACAAUGAAAUUGCUGGUUCUUAUAUCACAGAAUUGUGAUGAUGUUUUGACUACUGAAGACUGUAAAAACUUGUGCUUGUUUGUUUAUUCGUCACAUAGACCUUUAGCAGCAGCUGCCGGAGAGUUUUUAUAUGGAAAGUUGCUACAUGUUAAGUUUAGUGUUUAUGCUUGCUUUCUAACAUCUCUACAAUUCUGGGUUCAAAUACCAGACCAGUCGUCAUCUGUAUGGAAUUGUGAUGAUGUUUUGACUACUGAAGACUGUAAAAACUUGUGCUUGUUUGUUUAUUCGUCACAUAGACCUUUAGCAGCAGCUGCCGGAGAGUUUUUAUAUGGAAAGUUACUAAGCUAUAGUCCACAGCAAGAGCAAGAUGAGCGAAAAACAGCAAAAGAACAGAAUAUCACUGUGAUUACAUCUUUAUUGCAGUUCUUCCACACCAGUGAGUUGCACAAACACAUGGCAUAUCUGGUAGACAGCCUUUGGGACAAUGCAGGAUCUCUUUUAAAGGACUGGGAGUCUAUGACUGAACUUCUACUUGAGGAGCCAGGAACACAGGAUCUGAAUGACUCCCAGAAGCAGUCCCUAAUUGAGAUGCUGUUGACGUCAGUCCGUCAAGCCACAGAAGGACACCCCCCUGUAGGGAGAGGAAUGAACAAAAAGAAUUUUGCAGUGAAAGAAAGAAAAAUACAGAUGGAUGACUGCAUCAGACUCACUGAACACUUAAUCGUUGCUCUUCCAGCACUUUUGGAAAAGUAUUCAGUAAAAGCAGAAAAUGUGGCCAAUCUUCUCCAGAUACCACAAUAUUUUGACACAGAUGUUUACAGAAAUAGUCAUUUGGAAAAGUAUAUGGACAUGUUGCUGAAGCAAAUGACAGAUGUUGUUGAGCAACACACACAUCCUGCAGUCCUUGAAGCCUGUGCCAAAACAUACUCUGUGCUCUGCAGCGAGGAGGUGGCUGUGCAUGUACUGGCAAAUAUCUCCAAAGACCAGCUAAUUGACCAAUGGACCAAACGGUUACAUUUGUUACUAGAAGACUUUUUCUGUGAGGGAGAGGGCCAGUCAGCUAGUAAAGAAGUUAACCACCAACUCUUAUCCACAUUGAAAAGAAUCACCGCCUUUCAUAAUGCCCAUGAUCUGUGCCACUGGGAUUUGUACAAAAGCAUAUUCCGGCUGCUUAGUGAUGGUUCUCAGCAAGUGGAACCAUCUCACCAGGUCAUUGUUCAAGCUCUGCAAUGUGCUUUCUACGCUAUUCUGUGGCAGUUAAACCGGUGCUUUGAAGGCAUCACCUCCAAGGAGAAAGCUUUGGCCCAGAAAAUGCAAUUAAGAAGCUUUUUCAGGAUCUGUCAUCAAUACAUCAGCCACAGCCACACUCAAGUGAAAGAACAGGCCUUCCUGGUGGUUUGUGACUUGUUAAUUGCUUGCAACUGCCAAUUUCAUUCUGGGGAGACAGUGGAUUUCACGCCGUUUGUGCUCAUUCCUGACUCUGAGAUGCAAGCAGCGCUGCUUGGUUUUGUUCAAGUUCAUGUUUUCACCGAUGAAGAUCAACAGAGAAAAACUAAAGGCAGCGACAUCACUGAAGAUUCCAGUAAACUUAAUAAUCUACAUAAAAGACGAACUCUGCUGGCUUCUUACUGCAAACUUGUUGUAAAUGGUAUUGUGGAAAUGAAUGGAGCAGCUGAAAUCUUUAAACAGUACAUGAAGUACUACAAUGACUUUGGAGACAUCAUCAAAGAGACUCUGAGCAGGACAAGACAAAUUGACAAAAUCCAAAGUGCUAGGACGCUGGCCCUCUGUCUACAGCAGCUUUUUCUUGAGGUAAAAAAUGAGCAGGGCAUCUGUAACUACAGUGGUAGUUCAAGUAUGCAUACACUAACCACCAUCAGGGAACUGGCACGACGCUUUUCUCUCACCUUUGGAUGGGAUCAAAUAAAAUCCAGGGAAUCCAUCGCCAUGAUGCACAAGGAUGGCAUUGAGUUCGUCUUUAAGGGAUUCAUCCAGAAUGGUGGGAUGCCACCUCCACCCAACAUUGCUUUCCUUACCAUACUGAGCGAAUUCUCUAACAGACUGCUGAAGCCAGAUAAGAAGACAGUGUAUGACUAUUUGCAAAGAUAUACAAGUGAGCAGUCAGUGACCCUGAAGGAUAAUGGCUGGCAUCCACUGGUUUGCUAUCGAACAUCCUUGCUGGCGUGUGGCGAAGCUGAUGACUUGUGCUCUGUGUUGAGCUGCGAUACCCCUGGAGAGCCCUUACCCAUAAAUUCAAGCAGAGCAUCAUCCUUGAAGAGGAAUCUGUCUGAUGCAGGAGACUCUUAUCAGAAGACUAACCCCCACAGCAGAGAGCCAAGUGGAAAAAAUUCAGAGACGAGGCCCAAGCUGACACAAAAUUACACAGAGCCAGCAAUGAAGCAAAGAAAAUGUCUCAAAUCAAGCCCAGAUGUGAUAAGAGAGAAGACCGAUGGUAGUCAUCAACAAAUCACCAUGAAGACAAAGAAACAGUGGGAUGACUUGAAUGAAGAGAUUGACGUAGACACCGUAGAGAUCGAUACUGAAUAAUUUUUGAAAACUUUUGUACAUCACAAGUGGAAUCGUUUUGCACCAGUUUUGUCUAAUCUGCACUUCUUAAAUGUCAAUAAAAUACUGAAAAAGCAAGGCUACA